AUGUAUGGGUUGCGACACGGCGGGACCGGCGACCGGCUGGCGACGGGCGUCCGGGGCACACUCGACUCGACGCGCCAAAAGGUUCGAAUGGCGUCGUUGGCGCCGGCGCCGACACAUCUGCUCCGCGAGGCCGGAAAGACAAGCACAGGAGAUAGGCGGAAGGAAAAGGCUGAGCGAAAGUACAUGGCGACGCAGUUUGCGCUCCUCAAGGAGCGGUUUGGCGCCAAGGCCGAGCAGAGCCGCCGGCGCGGACGGAAGCUCAAGGCUGCCGUGGCCAAGAAUAACGAGCUGGCGGCGCAGUUGGCGGCGGCGGUGGCUCGCAUUGCGGUGCUAGAGGAGGAGGCAGCGCUCGCUGGGGGCACCGCCCAUCCGCGGCUCGGCGAUGAGGAGAACUGCGCAGCGAUGAUGACGGCUGGCUGCGAUGACUGCGUUGAUGGCGCCGCCGAGCUGAAGGCCCGGCUGGCCAAGGUCGAGGCGCAACUGGAAGAGGCCAUCGUGGCCAAGACCAAGCUUGUCGAGUAUAACCGCCGGCUGCGGACCCAACUUGCGCAGGCCGAGCUUGCCGCCGAGGCUGGAGCCGAGACCAGUGCCGAGGUGUGAGCGGGCUCGGCCGGCGAGCUGCCGACGUAUGCGGCGCUCGCG